AUGACGCUUAUCUUGUCCAUCGGUGUACUACUUUACUACCUUGGACAUGCAUUCAUCAUUUUGUUCAUUGCAAUUGUUCUUUCAAUACUUUUGGACUACUUCUUUGAAAUUGGCGCACCAGCCCAUAUUGGAGGUUUAUAUGUUAUAAAGGGAUACCCUAUAGUUGGAAAUCUAUUUCAAGUGUUGAACAAUCUGGCAAAGGUUUACAUGGAUUGGGCAAUCACGUCUGGAUAUGACAUAUUCCAAAUAAGACUUGGAAUCAAAAGAGUGGUUGUUGUUAACUCAUUUGAUGACUGUAGAAGUUUGUGCAUUCGCCAUUCAUGUGCAACAAAUUCUCGACCAAUUCUGUACAUCUUUCAUGAGGUGGUAUCAUCCACACAGGGGUUUACUGUUGGUUCGAGUCCAGCAGGCGAGUCAUAUAAGAGGAAAAAGAAGGCAGUGUCUAUGGGGCUGAACAAGAGAAGAGUGGAUUCCUUUUCACAGUUGAUGAACGAAGAAACCUCCUUUACUAUAAGGGAAAUUAUUCGAGGAAAUCUGGAAUUAUAUUGCAUGCCUUCAUGUAUAUGUCCCAGGUGCCAUCUUACCAAGCUUUCAGAUAUCAAUCUUAUGCCACAUGUUCAGUUUCUCGUUUUGAAAGUUGCUAUUCGGAUUAGUUACGGGAUAACUUUAGAUUCUUAUGGGCGCGAUAGGGUAUUUUUUGAACAUAUUAUUAACACCGAGAACGAAAUCAUUAAUCUUCGCUCACCAGCAGCAAAUAUUGAAGAUUUCAUUCCUAUUCUUAGAUUUUUACCCUUUGGAAAGGCCAGAAGAGCCGCAAGAUCUCGAAGCGAAAGAGACAAGUACAUGGGAAGUUUAAUGUCAACAUUGAGAAACAAGCUUGAUUCAGGGGACCAAUCCGCUGCAAAUUCAAUUAUUGGUAAGAUAUGUUCAGAAAACAAAAUUCUUUCCCCAGAUGAGAUACAAAGUAUUUGUUUGACUAUGAUAAGUGCUGGACUUGAUAAGUGCUGGACUUGAUAAUACCCCGCUUAAUUUCAACCAUUUGAUGGGUCAACUUUCGCAGCCAUAUGGGAUGGAGCUACAGGAACGCGCAUUUAAAGCAUUAUUGAACUUGUACAAUGGCAGUCUUAUGGAAGCAUGGGAAGCUGUGUGUUAUGAAAUGAAAUGUGAUGAAGUUUUAGCACUUGUGAAGGAGACGUACCGCUUCUUCACUGUUUUACCAUUGGGUCUCCCCCGUCAAACAACUAAAGAUAUAAUAUACAAUAAUGCACGUAUCCCCGCGGGUACAACUAUAUUUUUAAACCUAUAUGCUGCAAACCAUGACCAUCGGCAAUUUACAAAUCCUAUGGUAUUUGAUCCAAGUAGAUGGAUAGAUCCACAGACAAAUAAAAUUAGAGAUAAAAUGUUCCAUUUCUCUUUUGGUGAAGGUUCAAGAAAGUGCCCAGGAAAUAUUUUGGCAACCAGAGAGAUUUACGCAUUAACUUGUCGUAUGUUACUUUUAUUUAAGAUUAAACUGCCCAAAAAUCCAUCGUAUCAAAUGAAAUUGAAUCCCUUUGAUGCCAAUCUUCAUCCGAGUGCUACUUCAUUUGAACCAGAGGAAUUCCGGGUGUUACUUGAAAAGAGGAAUAUUAAUGGAUCUGAUGAUUUACACUACAGGAUACUUAAAGGAAGAAUACAAGUUCAAUAG